GUGGUGUAUACAUAACAGGUUAUUCGCAGCCACCCUGCCAGACAGAGCGUAGUCACAGCUCUAUGCGGUACAGACUAAGCACUGUGAAAAUGGGACGUUUCAUGGAGGUGGCGCUGCUCCUGGUGUCACUUGGAAUCGUUGACGGUGUGAGCUACCUACUGGCAUGUAUAAUGUGUAGUGGCGUGGUUAUAACGACAGCUGGGAAUACAGGGGGGUCCUUCAUGGUUGAUUAUCCACAGCUGGGAUAUAAUGUCACAAGGAGUGUAACGCCAUACAACGACACUGCUGCUCGUAUAGAUCCGUUAUUGUGGGUGACGGUAGGCGUGGAAACCAAGGCUUAUGUAAUCCACGUCUUUGGCAAGGACAUGUGUGUUGACGGAUACGAUGGAUAUGGCGUCGUUUCUUUCCUCCCGAUCUCUGGCCUAGGUUCCAGGUAUGUAGUAUCCACCUGCGAGGGAUACAGGAUUCAGGUGGUGUUAGUGAUAGCUAACCACAACCACAAGACGGAUGUGGACAUCACGCUGAUGCUGGAGGGGAACGUCACCUAUGGCAACAUGACCUACAUCGGUGGAGACACGAUUAAAGUGACACUAGAUGAGUAUCAGACCUUCACGAUGAAGAGUGACUAUGACCUGACUGGAACUGUAAUCAACGCAACACAUACUGUAGCUGUGUUCAGUGGGGCAAUGCAAGGAGUUGUUCGAAGCUUGGCGCAACUAUUCCCUGUCAGACAUCAUGGCACGUUCUGCCUGUACGUCACAUGUUUCUAUUUCAUAAAGUGAGAUACGUUCUGCAAGUUAUUAGUGACCAGAGUGACACUGAAAUUAUGUUGAGCAAUGGAUCUACAUUCUCUCUGGGUGAGAACCGUGUAUAUCGCCAAUACCUCGCCGAUAGUGAGAGUCUAUAUUUUAAUGCAACAAGACCUGUCAUGGCAACCUUGUGUAGACUCGCCUCAUCUUUACAUUCAUAUGGGUUUGCUGUUGUAACUCCAGUAAGGUAUUUCGUGAACAGUGCAUUGAUUCAUCAUACAUUCUGUACAAAGAUCCUGAGGAAACAACACGUAACGGAUAUUGAAGUGUUUAGUGGUGAUAUGGUUCCUGUUACACUGGACUGGGUGGACAUCCCCGGCAGUGAAUACAAAGCCGGAACACACUGUUCAUUCGUCAGAUACAUCAUCCGCUCUGCCAGCAGAUUCGCUGUAUAUGGGUUUUCCGAGGGCAUUCUUAAUGGAGGCUACCUUUUCCCAACUGAUCCAUCAACUACAGGUGCUGAUGCAGGUAAGUUCGACGACGCCCUGCAUUUGGGAAAGAAUUCUUUUUGUGUAUACACACACCGUGUUUACAAUGUAGAGCUGUGUUAUUUGUACAUUUAUCCCUGCAUUGAAUAUGAUACUGAAAACACCUAUUAACAGUAUGAUGCAUGUCCAUGUUAGAAUACUCAAGCCAUAAUUGGAAACGCAGGUGGUGUACGGAAACGACGCUGUAUCAAUGUCUGUCCCAGUGUCGCAAAAUAACAUCCACCUACCCACCAUCACCCCGCGACCCCAACUCCCAGCACCCUCCCCCGAAGAACUUUUACUGGUACAGGCUCGUGCCAAAAGAUUAAUUCGUCGGACAUUCGUGCAAUUCCCGCCCCCAACCUGUAUAUGCUUUGCAUAUAUUGUUUCUGUUGGUUCGAUUAGUUUUAUUCCCUUAUCUUUGACUAUUAAACCUAAUACUUAAGUUAUCUUUUUACAAGCCUGUUUGUUUACAAAAAUGUUUGAAAUACAUUUACUUAUACGAAUGUGCCGGAUAUAUAAGUCUGUACUAGUCUUUAUACUACAUAAAUAUUUUGUUGUGAAUGAUUACAUAUGCAGUUAAACGCUUUAGCGAAAGAAUCUACAAUCACAAAAAUGAUCUGAGACAUGAACGUCUCCAUUAUAACAUUUGUCUAUAAUUACUUUAAUAACUAAGGAGUAGGUUAACAAUUCAUGUACAAUUAUUAUACCACCAAACUGCAGUCAUUGUGAGUGUUCUUGACACAUAGAAUGUCUUCAUCUCAUUUUGAAUGUUCACAUUUCAUUAACUUGGAGAGUGCAUCAUGACUGAAUGUGUGUGAAGUGAUGAAAGAGAAUGUGUGCAUUCAAUUAUCUAUUGUCAACUUCCGUUUGUUGUAUACACUAACUCCAACGUUUCUCGCACUUAAUCUCUCUGCUUUAUUGAUCAUUUGUACAGUUUCAUCAUCAUUCAGAAACGUUGACUAUGCAGCUUUAACACGUAUUUCAAUCAUCUAUCCUGUUUGCCGUACAAAGCUCUGUUUUAUUUUCCUAUAGAAUAUUAGUAUUAGUUUAAUGAAGUAAAAGACUUUUGAAGUUGAACUGUUUCAAAUAAUCACUCAGAUUGAUAAUAUUGACUUUUUAACAUUAAAUUUCUUCUCUCCACAACCAUCUUGUCCUUAAGAUUGUACAGGUGUUGCUGCAAAGGUAUAUGAUUUAGUACACGUAUGGUAUACCCUAUAUACGCAUAGUUUGUAAAUCUCAUUCCGCACUUUCCAUACCGAUCUGCAAUCAGAUAUCAAGUCAUAUAUCAAUUAUGUGAACAUUUACACAAAGGAAACACUUAAAAUAUUGUACAAUGGAGCCCUUGUAUACCAGACGAUGUAAUAUUCGUGUUGACGAAUCAUUGGUUGGGAGUUAUGUUGGGUCAACACGGCCACUUACUUGUCUGCGGGUCCGAGACUAGUGAUAUAUUGUAAGGACUGGUGAUAUUAUUCAAACAACUAGUUUGAGAAGAAUUGAGGACUAGUUGGAUUAAGCU